AACAUAAUCUUUUUUGGAUUUGGAAAUAUUAUUAUGUUAGUAUAUUAUGUUCAUAUUUUCUCUAUCACUAAGGUUUGAAUUCCGAUCUUUUAACUCAAACCAGAGAGGAUAAACAUAUGAUAUGAUAAGAUGUUAUACAAAACAUGAAAUUAAGAGACAAAUAGGAGAGGGAUGGAGAGAGUUUUGCUACUUGCUAGAGGUGAUCUUAGUUAAAUUGGAUGCUCUAUAGUUGCAGUGUGGUGCUACAGUUGUAAGAACAGUUAAAUUUAGUGAAAGAAUUUAGGUACAAAACCAAAAUCAACAUUCAUACUAUGAUGUCAAUGUUCUUUUUAAAAGUCAAGGAUUGCAACAAAAAAGUUAGUUCCUUGUGAAUAACCAACCAGAGAAAGUGACUCAGAUUGUAUCAUCCCAAAAAUGAAAAAAGUAGUCCCUCUGAUCUUUUCUCAAUACCUCACAAUCUUUCUCAUCAAAUUUGCAUUACUAUCAGAAACUGUAAUGGCAGAACCAAGGGCCAAGACAGUUUUCAUAACAUGUGGCAAUAUACUAGAGCACAACACAAGCAUCUUUGUUCCAAAUUUUGUUGCAACCAUGGAGAAGAUCAGCGAGCAGAUGCGUACUACCGGCUUCGGCACAGCAGUUACAGGGACAGGACUUGAUACUAACUAUGGCCUAGCACAGUGUUAUGGAGAUCUUUCAUUACUUGACUGUGUGUUGUGUUAUGCUGAGGCACGCACGGUUCUUCCUCAGUGCUUCCCGUAUAAUUCCGGCCGCAUUUACCUUGAUGGUUGCUUCAUGAGGUCUGAGAAUUAUAGUUUCUUUAAUGAGUAUACAGGACAAGGAGAUAGAGCUUUGUGUGGGAAUAGAACUAACAAGAACUUGGGUUUUCGAGCAGCAGCAAAGGAGGCAGUGCUAAGAGCAGUUCAAGGUGCACCCGAAAAUAAAGGCUAUGCUAGAGGGAAGGUUGAUGUAUCAGGAACAGCAAAUGAAUCUGUUUAUGUUCUGGCUGAUUGUUGGAGGAAUUUAGACUCUAGGUCUUGCAAAGCAUGUCUUGAGAAAGCAUCUUCUUCGAUAUUGAGAUGCCUGCCGGCAUCAGAAGGUCGAGCGCUCAACACUGGAUGCUUCAUGAGGUACUCCAACAAUGAUUUCCUUAACAAGGAAGUGGAAAAUGAUAGUUCAGGAGGUAAUGUAUUGGUGAUAGUGGUUGCAGUAGUCAGUUCGGUGAUCGUCACGGUGGUUGUAGUGACUAUCGGGGCAUAUAUCUGCAAACAGAGAUACAUUCAAAAGAAAAGAAGAGGAUCAAAUGACGCAGAAAAGUUAGCCAAGACUCUUCAACAUAAAAGCUUGAAUUUCAAGUACUCUACAUUGGAAAAAGCUACAGGAUCUUUUAACGACGAUAACAAGUUAGGGCACGGAGGAUUUGGAACAGUUUAUAAAGGAGUUUUACCUGAUGGAAGACAGAUUGCUAUCAAGAGGUUAUAUUUCAACAACAGACAUAGAGCAGCUGAUUUCUACAAUGAAGUCAACAUAAUUAGUGGUGUGGAACACAAGAAUCUAGUUAGACUAUUAGGAUGCAGUUGUUCGGGACCCGAAAGCUUGCUUGUAUAUGAAUAUCUUCCCAACAGAAGUCUCGAUCGCUUCAUUUUUGAUAAAAACAAGGGCAAAGAACUAAACUGGGAAAAGAGAUAUGAAAUUAUUAUUGGGACAGCUGAAGGAUUAGUUUACCUGCAUGAGAACUCCAAUGUCCGGAUAAUUCAUAGAGAUAUAAAAGCCAGCAACAUCCUAUUGGAUGCAAAGUUUCGAGCUAAAAUUGCAGAUUUUGGUUUGGCCAGAUCCUUUCAAGAAGACAAGAGUCACAUAAGUACAGCUAUUGCAGGAACUUUAGGGUAUAUAGCUCCAGAGUAUCUAGCACAUGGUCAGUUAACAGAAAAGGCAGACGUAUAUAGUUUUGGAGUAUUACUGCUCGAGAUAGUUACCGGCAGACUGAACAACAGAAGCAAAGAAUCAGAAUAUUCAGACAGCUUAAUUAUAGUGACAUGGAAGCAUUUUCAGUUGGGGACUGCCGAACAACUAUUUGACCCAAAUAUCGAGUUGCACGACAAUGACAACAAUAGUGAUGUUAUUAAGAAUGAGAUUUUAAGAGUGAUUCACAUAGGACUUCUUUGCACCCAAGAGGUUCCUUCGUUACGACCAACUAUGUCAAAGGCGUUACAGAUGCUAAGCAAGAAUGAGGAGCAUCUUGAUCUUGUUGCUCCCUCUAAUCCACCAUUCCUAGAUGAGAGUACCAUGGAACUCCAUGAUACAAAUGGUGACCCAUUUUAUCACCUCAAGGAAAAUGAUUCAAUAGCUACUAUUUCCCAUAGCUCUUUCUAUGCCAGGUGACCAUGAGAAUGCAGAGAAAACCACUGCACACAGCGAGUAUAUGGUGCCGCAAGUAAAUUGGCUUUGGCUUGGAACUAUGACUCUGAAGGUUGCUAACAAUGCAUCUGAUGAAUUGCUAUUUCAAAUGAAUACUUCAGGAAAAAGGAGAUGUUCAAGCCAAGUUUUCAAUAGGAUUAUAGGAAGCAAACAAUGUAUACUGUAUAGUGCCAUGAUUCAACAUUUACUAUAGAAUUUUGAUUAAUGUGUAAUGUAGCAGCUCAUAACUACUAGUUUGGAAUUUUGAGCAUCAUGAAAGCACCAUUGUUUGAGAAAGAUAAUAAUACAGGUAUUUAUACUAAUCCGUCUCCCUCAUAUGUCCCCUUUGUUAUCAAGUCCCUUGAGUUGCUUUCAAGAUCUGCUAGAAAUAUCUGCUUUGCUUAUUUCAAGGGUUUUGAUUAUGACAAUCAGUAAGGUAUAAGGUUAUUUCGAUGAAAUCUACCUCAUCUUUUUUCAUCAAGAGUAAACACUUGGUUACAAGAAGAUCAUUAUCAGAGCAAGAUCAUAGAAGCAUCGGUAAGAAUGCAAUUAGAAACGCUUAUGAGAGUUAUCUCUUAAAGUAUCUACAUCUUAAGGCAAGAAGUGGCAGAUCAGGUUACAUCAAAAGGCACAGUUAACAUUGUCUUUGAUGUUAAAUUCUUCUCAUCUUGGUGAUGGUAAAACUCAAUUAGUUGAGUCUUAUCUUGGUCACUUUUGCUCAAAGACCAAGUUAGUGAAAGAGAUUGGAAUCCCAAACUGAAGCCUCCUCAUCUAUCUCCUUUUUCUUUCUAGAGAAAUCAAGUCCUUAGAAGAGUAUUAGCUAGUUUUCUUUUUCAUUUGUUGUCCUUGUUGUUUGGUCUGUUUUCUUCCUGUCUCCUUAGGACUAAAUUUUAUUUCUUUGUAAUGUGUUUGGCAUGAUGAUGAUGGUUUUCUUUCUCAACCAUUUUGUUUGAUGACAAAUGGAGAGGAAAGGAAAUAAAGAGAACAAAGUGCUGAUUUUUAUCGAGUUUUGAACGUGUUUUCAGGUCAAAAAUGUUGGUUUAAUAAACUUUGGCUAUUUUUUUA